CUUCACAUUAUUCUCUCCUCUUUUGUGCUGUACAAUCUCCAAACAUUUCUCUCUUCCUAACCACUGAAUCAAAUAUGGCUGAACUUAUUGUUGGUCCUUUUAUGGAUGUCAUGAUAUCCAAGGUGAUUUCAGUUACUACUGGGCAACUCAACUUAGCAGUGGGAUUCAAACAGCAGCUCGAGAAGUUGCCUGGGAUGCUGGGAAUGCUAAAGGGCGUGCUACAAGAUGCUGAACAGAAGAAGGUGAGUCACUCUGGUGUGCAGGGUUGGCUUGAGGAGCUUGGAAAAAUAGUUGAUGAAGUUGACGAUGUGGUAGACGAGAUUGCAUAUGAACAUCUGCGGUCCGAAGUGGCUCAAGUGUGGGAAAAGGUCAGCUAUUUCUUCACACUUUCCAAUCCUUUAGCUUUUCGCCUUAAGAUAGCUUGCAGGAUUAAGAAUUUAAAUUUAAAAUUAGCUGACCUUAAUAAAAGGGCCCAUGGGUUAGGGCUGCAAGAGAUACUUGCAAGCAAGCAUCCUGAAUAUAUAGAAACCCAACAAACAGAUUCCUCAAUCGGUGAUCCAUCACAAAUUGUAGGAAGAGAAAAUAAGGUCCUAGAAGUCGUUGAAUCAUUGACUGACUCAAGUAAUGAUCAGCCUCUCCUUGUUGUAUCCAUAGUAGGUAAACAUGUUGGGGGUAGGAUUCUUAUCACAACUGGAAGUGAAAAUGUAGCUUCCACAAUGGGAACACUUUCUAAGCACAUGCAUCAUCUCGAGAAGCUAACAGAUGAGGAUUGUUGGUCUAUAAUCAAGCAAAGAGCAUUUGGCAGCUCAUCAUUCUCUUCAGAAUUGGAGGGGAUUGGAAGGGAUAUUGGUAGCAAAUGUAAAGGUUUAGCAUUAGUUGCAAAUGUUAUUGGGGGGAGUUUGUGCAAUAAUAGGAAGAAGGAUAACUGGUUGUCAAUCAAAGAUAAUAGUGAAGUGUGGGGUUCAAUAGAAAAAGCUAAUGGAGUUCUGCGAGUGUUGCAGUUGAGUUUCAAUCGCUUGCCAACACCUGCUUUGAAACAAUGUUUUGCUUUUUGCUCUAUUUUCCCUAAAGAUUGUGUCAUGGAAAAGGAGAUGUUAAUCCAGCUCUGGAUGGCUGGAGGAUUUCUUCAGCCUUUUCAUGAAAGAUACUUGGAGAUGGAGGAUAUUGGUGAUGAGUAUUUCAAUGCAUUGUCAUCAUAUUCUUUAUUUCAAGAUGUUAAAAGAGAUUCUUAUGGGAGCAUUAUUACUUGCAAAAUGCAUGAUUUAGUUCAUGAUCUUGCACAGUUUGUUUCAAAGUCCCAAACUUUGAUUUUGGAAGAUGGUAGUGGGAGAAAUAUUCCAGCAAACAUUCGACAUUUGAAUGUCAUUUCUAAUAAGGGUACAGCAACAACAAAAUUAGGGGAUGCCACCGAAAAAUUGCACAUUUUGUUCUCACAAGUUGAUGUCUUUCACAGUAUGUCAACAAGCUUGAGAAAUGUGCGGGCUCUUAGUUUCUGCAAUGCUAAUGUUGAUGAGUUACCAGCUUUUUUGGGGAAAAUGAAGCAUCUAAGGUUCUUAGAUGUUUCAGGAACUAAAAUCAAAGAACUUCCCAAAGUCAUCACCAGGCUCUAUCAAUUGCAGACAUUUAGAUUUAUGGAUUGUUGGGAAAUCAAUAGGCCUUUGGAAGGAAUAUGGGAUUUGAUCAAUUUGAGACACAUUUAUUUCAAUCAGCAGAAGCUUAUGCCACCAAGAAUUGGUGGACUAACUUAUUUGAAAACAUUACAAUUAUUUGUUGUGGGCCAACAGAAGGGACAUCAUAUUGAAGAAUUGAGAUGUUUAAGCCAACUCAAGGGAAAAUUAGAGAUUUGCAAUUUGCAUAUGGUUAGAGACAAAGAAGAAGCCAUGGGAGCAAGACUUUCUGAAAAGGCUACAAUUCAGGAGUUGCAAUUGGCGUUUGGUGGGGAAUCCAAUGGUAGUGAAGAUAGAUGCAAACAUGAUGAAGAUAUCUUGGAAGGCCUCCAACCUCAUUCAAAUUUGAAAGGCCUCAUUGUUGAAUGCUAUUGUGGUAAAAGUUGUCCUACAUGGAUGUCAGAAAUAGAAAACCCAAUGUCAGAAAGAGUGAAUUUUCUCGAAAAUCUAGUGUUCAUAUCCCUUUAUCAAUGUCCCUGGUUGGAAAGAAUUCCCUCACUUUCACUCAACGAUGAGGCAAAGGUAGAAAUUAACUAUUGCAAGAAUUUGAAAAGCAUUGCAUGUUCGUCCCUUCAGAAACUCAUCAUUGAGGGAUGUGAAGAACUGGUUGAGGUAGAGGUUGGACCAGUUGCCAUGACGUCUCUCAAAGAAGUACAUAUAGAGAGAUGUGGGAAGAGUUUAUCUACUGCCAUGUGUUUCAAAGAGUUGAUUAUAUGGGGAUGUGAUGGUCUGACGUCCCUUCCGAGUCUCGACGAGCUUUCCUCUCUUCAAAAAAUUGAUAUAUACAAUUGUAGGCAAUUGAAAAGUAUAGGGGAGAGUUUAUCAACCGUCACGUGUCUCAAAGAGUUGAUUGUAUGGGGUUGUGAUGGUCUGACGUCCCUUCCAAACCUCUAUGGGCUUUCCUCUCUGCAAAAAAUUGAUAUAUACAACUGUAGGGAAUUGAAAAGUAUAGGGGAGAGUUUGUCUACCGCAAAGUGUCUCAAAGAGUUGAGUAUAUGGCGUUGUGAAGGUCUGACGUCUCUUCCGAGCCCCCAUGUGCUUUCUUCUCUUCAAAAAGUUCAUAUAUACUAUUGUGGAGAAUUGAAAAGCAUAGGGGAGAGUUUAUCUACUGCCACAUGUCUCAAAGGGUUGACUCUAUCGGGUUGUAAAGGUCUAACAUCCCUUCCUAGUCUCCAUUGGCUUUCCUCUCUUCAAACUUUAUCGAUAAGGGAUUGUGGUGGAUUAAGAAGUUUGCCAAGUGGGUUGCCAUCAUGCACUGCCCUUGAGGAAUUGGCUAUCGCUAACUGUCAUAAUCUAAUCUCUAUUCCAGAUGAUUUGAGGAGGAGUUGGAGCAUCCCUAACCCUACCUGUCUUGCUCGCCUGAAGAAGCUGACUAUUGGUGGUUUCUCAACAGAGCUCAAGGAAUUUCCAAAUCUGGGCUUCAUCAGAUCUCAUCUUGAAGAAUUGACUUUGAUUGCAUGGGGAAAACCAAGAGAACGUCUGCUGGAUCAAAUUCAACACCUAACUGCCCUUAGGUAUCUCAAAAUAUGGGAUUUUGAUGGACUGGAAGCUUUGCCAGAAUGGUUUGGAAGCUUAUCCUCUCUUCAAACUCUAUGGAUUUUCAACUGCAAAUCUCUGAAACAUAUGGAAGCCAUCCGAUGCCUCUCCAAAUUAGAGAGGCUUUUUAUUGAAAGAUGCCCUGAGUUAAAGGAAAGAUGCGCCAGUGGAAGUGAUUCCGAGUGGGACUACAUCUCUCGCAUUCCAAAGAUCUACAUAAACGGCGAAAAGAUCCAACUCAAAGGAGAUCCCAUUGAGAUUUUGAAUUCAAACUUGGAAGAAUCUGCAACUAAGGGGGAUUCAGACUGUGGAGAUAGAAACCGAAAGCAGGCUAGUGUAAUUAACUUUGGAAUUUUUGGUUUGAUUGCUGUGAUUGUGGGCCAUCCAUUGGCCUUGAAACACAUAACCAAUGCUCAUCGAACAAGCAAAAAGCAAUUAGAAAGGCACUGUCAUCAAGAGAAAUUAAGAAUGAUUCUGGUUUUAAUCUCUUGGAGGUGCUCAAUUUCAAUCAGCUGGGAGAAUGACAAGAUGUUGAUCAGUCUCUUAUACCUUGAGUCUCUUUCUGUUGAGUUUUCAUCAACUAAGCUGUACCCAGACUCCAGGGACAUCUUAAUCCAUAGUGACUCUUUUAACUCCUCGAAGGGAAUUCAAGAGGAAAACAGAAAGCGUCAACCGUGACAACCAGUAGCAAACCAUGGAGAUCAAUGGUAUAAUAUUUUAGACCCAGUGGUGGCGAACAUGAUUUGCUCAAUAUUUUUUAUUGUCUUGAAAUGGUGAUGAAGAGAUUUGAACCCAGUUUCCAACAUAGGUUACAUAUCUUCUGACAAUUCAGCCAAAACCAAUGUCAUUUGUCCUAGCAACCCAGUAAUGAUCUGGCAAGUCUCCGAAGUGAAGAAAUUUCAUCCAGAUCAAGCAAUGCAAAGUGGAAGAUGCAUAAAUAUUUAAGGCGAUCAAGUGCCAUAUUCUGUCAAAUUUGUUGCUAACUAACAGACAAGAAAUGUGGAAGCCCAAGUUAAACUUGCUAAUGCUGUCUUGAAUUUUGAUUACAAUAAUGGAUGCAUUUGCUA